CCACCAUUGCCAUCGUGAAGAAGGAGGAGGAGAAAUUCGUCACCUUUGACGGCGAGUACACCAAGGAGGCCAUUGCUGCAUUCGUGACUGCCAACAAGCUACCGCUGCUCAUCACCUUCUCUGAAGAAACGUGAUGCUGUGCGCCACUCACGAGGAUUACACCAAGAUCGUGCCGGCCGUGGCUGCAGCAGCGAAGCAGUUCAAGGGCGAGCUGGUCUUUGUGUACAUCAACGGAUCGGACACGGAGUCACAGCCGGCCUUCGCCAAGAGCUUCAUAGACGGGGAUCUGAAGCCAUUCCACAAGUCAGAGCCGAUCCCAGAGAAGUCUAGGUCGAGGGGUUCCCAACGAUUUUCUUCUACCCAGCCAACAAGAAGUCCGACCCAGUGAAAGUGCAGGCAACGAAGCUGAAGCAAUUUAUCAAGGUGAUUGUUGAAAAUGCGGCCAUCAUG